AUGGAUACCGCAACUACCACUGCUCGGCCAGAGAAGGCCCACAGCUCGAGGCUGGGUUACUGGACGAACAAGAUCGCUGUCAAAUCAGAGCCUGGUUUGACCAGCGCUCAGCUGAUGCUGAUGAACUAUGAUUUGAAACCAGUCGAGCCCGAGAGACGGCAAUGGGGGCCUUGGAACUUCGUCGCCUUCUGGGUCGCUGACUCCUUCAACGUCAACACGUGGAUGAUUUCGUCCUCCAUGAUCGUGGGUGGUCUCUCUUGGUGGCAGUCAUGGCUUUGCGUUUGGAUCGGUUACGCUAUUGCUGGAUGCUUCAUCUGCAUGACCGGUCGUAUCGGCGCAGUGUACCACAUUGGCUUCCCCGUCGUGAACAGAUCGUCCUUUGGAAUUUGGGGAAGUUUGUGGCCUGUUUUCAACCGUGCCGCCAUGGCCUGUGUUUGGUACGGUGUCCAGUCCUACAUUGGCGGCCACUGCGUCUAUCUCAUGAUCCGUUCCAUCUGGAAGUCUUGGGACCGAGACACGAUCCCUAACACGUUUUCGGCAUCAUCCGGCACCACCACCGCAGACUGGGUCUCUUUCUUCCUCUUCUGGGUGCUCUCGCUGCCCGCCAUCUGGUUCCCCGUCCACAAAAUUCGUCACCUGUUCACGGUCAAGUCGUACAUCGUUCCCUGCGCCGGAAUCGCCUUCAUGAUCUGGGCCAUUGUCCGCGCAGGCGGCAUCGGCCCCAUCGUCCGUCAACCCGCGAAACUUCAAGGCAGUGACCUGGCCUGGGAAUUUGUCAAGGGUGUGAUGUCGUCCAUUGCCAACUUUGCGACUCUCAUCGUCAACGACCCCGAUUUCUCCCGUUUCUCCAAGAAGCCCAACGACGCUCUCUGGUCCCAGCUGUUCACGAUCCCCAUCGGCUUUGCCUUCACCUCCUUCAUUGGCAUCAUGGUGUCUUCCUCCUCGGCGGUUAUCUACGGCGAAGAAAUCUGGGACCCGCUCAAGCUCCUCGAGAGAUUCAUCGACGACGGCGGUUCCGCUCAGCGAUUCGGUGUAUUCGUCAUCGCUUUCUCCUUUGCUCUGGCCCAACUCGGUACUAACAUCGCCGCCAACUCCGUUUCAGCGGGUACCGAUAUGACGGCCCUCCUGCCUCGGUAUCUGAGUAUCCGUCGCGGCGGAUACAUCUGCGCCGCCAUCGGUCUGGCCAUGUGCCCGUACACCCUGCUCACGGACUCCAACAAGUUCACCACGUAUCUGUCGGCAUACAGCGUCUUUCUCAGCUCCAUCGCCGGCGUCAUGUGCUCCGAUUACUACGUCGUUAGAAGGGGCUACCUCGAGAUUAGAGAGCUAUACGAUGCGCGCAAGACCGGGCCGUACUACUUCACUUACGGUUUCCAUUGGCGCGGUUACGCCGCAUACAUUGCCGGAAUCUUGCCCAACGUCGUCGGAUUCGUUGGUGCCAUUGGCGUGGAUGUCCCCGCGGGCGCGACAUACAUUUAUAACCUCAACUUUUUUGCUGGUUUCAUCGUCUCUGGGGGUGUAUACUGGAGUCUGUGCAAGAUCUCCCCCAUUCCCGCUACUAGCGACAGGUGGAUGGAGGUUGGAGAAGAGAUUGAUGAUAUUCGUGUCGCGUAUGAUGCUGGUAGCCAGGACUAUGACGAGGAGAGAGUCCUUGGUCCUUCAAAGGGCAUUGAUGAUGGGGCUAAGCAUGUUUAA